AUGCCCGCGAAUCAACAAACAAUAUACACAAACAGAAAAAAAUGUACCCACGCGAACAUCACCCUAGCAUCUCUAAAUGUAAAAGGAAGAGCAUCCCCAACCUUGGGAACUAACAUGACAUCAAAAUGGCCUAUAAUAAAUAAAACCGUAAGAGAUAAUAAGAUAGGGAUACUAUGUAUACAAGAGACCCACCUGUCCGACGAACAUGAAAAACAAAUAGAAUCAUUAUUCUCGAGACGCUUACUUGUUCUCAAUUCCCGAGAACCAAACCACCCUGGCAGCUCAGCAGGGAUAGCUUUCAUCAUCAACAAAGAGAAAGUCAACAUCAACAACGCUAAAAUGACGGUUAUAAUCCCUGGAAGGGCCAUUGCCCUAACAAUCAACUGGCAUAAUGAAAAGACGAUAAGAAUACUCAACAUAUACGCCCCUAACAACCACUCUGAACACCCAAACUUCUGGAACACAAUUAAAACGCUUUGGCCAAGCCACGGCCUAGGACUAAUAGAUUUUAUGAUGGGAGAUUUCAAUGUUACCGAAGACCCCCUAGACCGAGCACCAGCAAGAUUUGACACAGAAUACGCCAUAGAGGCACUAAGAGAAUUCAGAACGAGCAUGAAUAUACAAGAUACCUGGAGACACACUCACCUGACAACAAGGCUCUUCACAUUCACAAGCAACACUAACUCCAUGUCCCACCUAGACAGAAUAUACACAUCACCCGCUCACUCAGACAGCGUUUCAGACUGGAAAACAUACCUUUGCCCCAUACCCACAGACCACAAUAUCACCCUCGUAAGAUUCGCCCCACCAGGUCUACCGCACAUAGGAAGAGGUAGAUGGACGUGGCCGCUGAGCAUACUAUCAGACAAACCACUAAUAGAAAAGAUAGAAAAAAUAGGCAUUAAGCUACAGAACGACAUAGAAAAGAUGAACAUACCCGGAAACCGCACAGAAACUGAAAACCCCCUCUACCUAUGGGAAGAAUUUAAAAUAAACAUGAACAAUCUAGUAAAACAAACAACGAAAUCCCACCUAGCGAAAAUCAACAACAAAAUCAAACAACUACAGAAAGACAUCCACAAGACAUCCAAUGCACCAAACAUCGACUCUUCUGUAAACCGACGUCAGAACAAAACAAUUCUAGAAAAGGAAAUCGAACACCUUGAGAGAAAGAGACAGAAAAGUGCACACCUGAAAGCGCAAGCGCAAUGGUCCCUUCAAGGCGAAACAAUCAGUAAAUAUUGGACAAAGGUAAACAAUCCAAAAAAACCAAGAGACAUCAUACACCGACUAUGA